GGUAUCCUUGUGUUGGUUUAUGCAUAUGAGAAGUGCUUGCCCCGUUGCGGGAUUGGGCUACCAAAACGACUAUUCAAUUAGCGACAAGUAUUCUCUCCAACCCAACUAUCCUAUUAGUAAAGUCGCUUCGAAGCUAUCAUGCCUUCUGGCAAGCAUCGUCUCUAUAUCGCGCUUUAUGCUCGCGGUGGCAAGCCCAAGAUGCCAGAGAAAGAAGACACAUAUCAUUGGGGUUUAAUUGUCGGGCCUAAAAAAGAGGUUGAAGAUUCACGAGGGACGCGUUUUCACGCCAAGGAGGUUUUGUCCGCCUCGACUGGAAAAUCAGAAUUCAAGUACGAAGAGAUUUCUAUACCUCUUCUAGCAACGCAAAUGCUUUUGGUGCGAGUGAUGGUCGCGAAAAUAGAAAAUUACGAUCGCAUGUUGCAAAUCCUGCGGGCAAUCCCUAUUAGGAGUAAGGAUGAAGGUUGGAAUUGUGUGGGGUGGGUGAGAGAGGCAUUGGUAGAGUUACAAAAUGAUGGGAAAACUUUGGGCACUGCUGUGAUUGAAUGGACUACGGUCCGAGAUGCGGCGAUGAAUUAUUACCAGAAAAAGAAGGACGAGCAUCGUUUCGAUGGGGUGGUUGAAUGGAAGACAACUAAAGUGGCAACGUUUGACUUGAUCGAUGGGAAGGAGAUAAUACCUUAGAGGCGUGUGGAUGAGCUCUACAGAAAGGAGAAACGGCUGGUAGGGCUAGUACCUAUUAAGACAUAUCAUUGUUUUCGCCCGUUAAGAUCAAUGACAGACACUCGAAUGUUGAAAGCAUUUUAAAUAUCCAAAUAGUUUCGAACAUUCAAAGCGUAAUGAACAUUCGAAGCAAUUUGAAAACCCAAGCCA